GACGUGCAAGUGUAUAAAAGGAUGCAGUCAACCGUUGGGGAUGCAACAGUUGAGUGCGUGUCCUGCAAAGUGUCAUCUCCGUUGGUGAUGAUUGCGCGAAAUAGAAUGAAGAUCGUCAUUUUAUCCAUCGCUGUUUGUACGUUUCUGGCUGGCCAAGCGUCAUCCGAUGGCGGCAAUAUUUACAAUUCCAAUCCAGUUCAGUACCAGCAUCCACAGCCAAUCAACUACCAUUAUCCGCAACCCCAGCCGCAUUACGGUUCGCAGCAAAGCUACAGCAAUCCCGCUGGAUAUCAUCCGGCCCAGCAGCAGCACGGAGCAAAUCAAUUUUCUGAACAGUACUUAGUAACGGCCAUUAAAACUGAUCCUGCUCCACCUGUGGUGCAUUACCAACCUCCAGCUUACAAACCCGAGUCUCCGUUUAAUGGCCAAUCGUACAUCAUUGAACCUUCUUACGUCCUUAAACCGUUCCGGCCAGAAACUAGCUACCACGCACAACCCUACCGUCCUCACAAUCCCGCUCCCGCUGUCUACCAACCCACUUAUCACGCUCCCGCGUAUCCAGCCUAUCAAGCUCCGUCGUAUCCAGCGCCUGUUUAUCAACCUCCGGCUUACCAACAACAAGCGUAUCCAUCCCCGGCAUACCAAAAUCCAGCGCAAUCUUCAGUUUACUUGGUAUAUUCAACCCCGCUGUUGGCCGGCUAUUCCACGCAGACGGCCAGUUCAGGAAUUGUUACUAGCCUAGUACCAUCUGCAACUCAGACGUACACAGCUUCCAUUGCUCCGGAAACCACUUCAUCCAGCCCGAUUGAACCGAACAGGGUCGUUGAAUCCAAAACGUCAGAGCCAUCCGCACAAUGGCCAGACAAUCAAUCUGAAGCCAACAAACUAGGUCAGAAGUAUACAGCAAAUCAAGUAAACGAUAAAGAAUCAGCAGAAGAUGAAGAAUCUGGCUCGACUACUCAAGAAAGUAUUCCAAAAUCUUACAAUAACAAAGAGGAGCAAAAUAGUUUGGAAAGUGCGAAUCCGCCUUUCUAUCCAAUACCAGCUAAUCACACAUCCAAAGCAGUUUGGUCGAUUCCAAAAACAGGCAACAGUUAUGGCACAACGCCAGACAGCAGCGCAGAAUCCGUGCGAGAUGACAAAAGUGAUGGGCCAUCCAACCAAAAGAGUACGACAUAUUUGAACGGAGCAGAAACCGAAGAAAGUAGCAAGUCCAGUCUGGCUGAUAACGUCAACAAAGAUGGGACAGAGAAUAAAGAAAGUAGUGAGAUUACCACCGUGGAUCAGGUCACUGAAGUUUCACUACAAGGAAAGCUAACCAAAUACGAAGGCCGCACUCCAGUCGCAUCGAGUAGGGAGACAUCGGAUGAUAAAAUCGAUGUGGUUGAACUGGUUAGCCAAGUGUCACGUCAGUAUGAGAAGCCGAAAUCUGGAUCAUCUGUUUAUUACGAGCAAGGGCCCAGCAUUGCUGGACAGGGUGUCAAGGAAACCAAUGGAGAAAGCAAAGAGCUCGUUCGUGAUCAACCUGUUACUGAGACCGGACUACAAGAGAAAGAACAAAAUGGAGAAAUCAAUUCGGAAGAAGCUGGAACGGAAGCAACACCAGCAAUCAACUACGGAGGUUCUCAGCCUUCGAAGAGCUUGUACUACGUCGGUACAAAUGCGGAGAAGCCGGACGUUGCCAAGGCAACUGUCGAACAAAAAGAAGUACUACAAUACCGGCAAUCUAUUGUUCCAUUGAAGUUGAUUAAAACGCAAGAAAACGACGCAGAUGAAAGCAAUGAAACUACAGAAGUAUCCGUUUCUCAAUCGGAUUCUAAUCAAUUGAAUCCGCAAGAGAUAACUGUGAGAACAGAGGUGAAUAAUCCAGCCCCACUCGUCGACGAUGAUGACAGCGAUGAAGUGCCUAAUACAGCUGCAGUCACGAUUCAACCUGUAGUACCUGCUUAUCAAAUUCCUUACUACCCACCGAGACCUGUGGUGCCGAAAAUAUUUAGACCCAAGGAAGAAUCAGAAGAAGUCGAUCUACCCAUCGCAGGAUUCGGCGAGAAGAUCAAAGCUUUCACGAAAUUCGCAAUCGCUGUCCAGAAAACCAGUCAGCAAGGUCAACUUAAUCCUGUGCCAGGUAAAAACGACAGCACGCCAUCGGUAUCGAUCACCAACAAAGAGGUCUCUCAAAAACAAGAAACAAGUGCUGAAAAUGAUGAAACAACUGAUAGGCCAAUUCAGCCAGCCAUUGAAUAUCCAACAGAGGGACCCACAUUUCACGCCAGUUUAUUCUACAGAAAGCCUGUGACUCAGCCAUCAACUAACAUUGCCUUGCCUCAAGAAGAAAUUAGAACAGAGCUACCCUACAUUACCGAACCGCUGUUCUAUGCACAAGCGACAGAGAAGCUUCAGGCACCUCAACUUGCACGCACGACCAAUGCUCCCGUAGCUGAUGCGGGCCUUGUUAAGGAAGACUACGUGCUCGUUAAAAGCACAGAACCCAAUUACGGCGUACGUAUUGUAGCUGAGAAGAUUUCACGCGAUCAACCUGUUCAAGUCGUUAAUGCGCUUAACGUUUAUUCACCACCAACGGCUGAUGUUGUUCCAUCGACUGAAAUUGCAAGUGUCACGGAGCCAGUAUCGAUGGUCCAAGUGCCUGUCUUGGCUCACGAUCCAAUGGAGAAAACAAAUUUUUAUGCGACUCAAAGAAUUUACACUGCGUCCGCUGAUAUUCCUGGUGAUUACGUAACUACCGUCAAGCCAACAGGUUACGUUCAAGACCAGAAUCCUUACGUAACGAGCACUUACGCUUACAUUGAAGAAGCUGGCCUUUCAGCAGAGUAUCAAAAAGAAAUCGCAGCUGCCCAAAAAGAAGCCGAAUCGUUCGCCAACAACAAUUAUCGUGUUCCAGACGAAGCCCAGACUCAAACUGAAGUUCCAGAUGUUUCACAGGAAGACAUUUCUUUGCCUGUUAUAUCUCCCGUGCCCAUUACGCCUUCCGGAGACGCUCUUACCAAAGCCCAAUCCGCAGAAGAUGUUUCAUCUGAGGUCACCCGCGUUCCAGUAACAGAGUCUGCUUAUCAAGAGAAAACCCAUAAAGCUGAAACAGUUACCACUAAAGCUAAACCUGCAGAAGAAGUCUCUUCUGAGAUAGCUUACGCUCCAGUGACACAGUCGACAUACCAACAGCAAACGAUUUCUUCAACCCCCAGAGCUCAAUCAGCAGAAGACGUUUCAUAUGAAGUCACUGACGCUCCUGUAACCCAACCUGCCUAUCAAGAGAAACCUAAGCUUCCUUCGUACGAAGCUCCGGUAGUCACCACUGUUAAGGCUCAAUCCGCAGAAGAUGUAUCGUUAGAAGUCAUCAAUCCAGUCACAGAUUCAAAUGAUAAAGAUGAUGCGACAGAUGCCCCAGACAUUGCCAGAUACAAAACUCCAGUGGAUGUUAAUCAAAGAUACGUUGAUGCCGUGACAGCUCCUUAUGAAAGCGCACCAUCGUACACCACCUCAGACCCUGAUUCUACAUCAGUCGUAGUUGGAACAGUACUCCAUAUCGACGACGGAGACUCAUCAGAGUCUGUAACUACCAGUAAAACAGGUGUGUUAACGAAUGUUAGCAAUACCAUCUACGGUACAAAGAUUCCCGAUCAUCCUCUGCCGUGUCAAUUGGACAAGAGCUCUGAAGUAUCUUCUUCACCGAAAUUGCUUUUUAAUACGGCCGCUUUGGCUAACGUGCCGCUGGACAGCCGUGAGUCGAGCGCUGAAGAUACAACAACUCUACUUCCAACGACUUUCGUUCCAGACGGGACGACCAUCUCCACUGCCUCUAGCGAGUCAAGUGAGACAACAACAGUGGCUUCAGAUGGAUACAAGUACGUUUUCAAAUCACGCCCCACACCUAAUCGUUUUUACGAAACUAAAGCCACAACGGCCGUACCUUCGUCUAAUUCAACUACUGCCCAGCCGACUUCUAGACGUCCUUUAGUAGUCAUCGGUAAACCGGUUGAAAUCAGGAAACCCAUCAAUGGUAGGGUGUAUGCUAGGCCUUCGCCAGUGCCGCAAAAGAAACCUCAAACACUGUCGCAGAUCAAGAUCUUACCCACUCGCCUUCGAUCGUCAACGUCUACCCUUCACUUGCCCAAUCGCCGUUUCUUUAUCGGCAGGUCUCUGAUGGCAAACGAAAAGGCUAAUCCAGAAAGUAAAGAAGAGGAAGAGUCAAAAGCCAAAUAAAGAUUUUAAGACAAAUCUUUAACAAACAUUUAAAUAAUUAAAAAAAAGGGAAAUGUUUUUAGAGCUUCAUCAACGACUCUGGUGCCGGGCACCAGAGUGAUGCCAACAUGGCUUCGCGAUUCGUUAUUAAAUCUUUACGAGUUUUCAGAAAUUGUUGUAGUGAAUCAUUUUUCGUUAAUGUUCAUUGACUUGUUAUUGGUGAUUUAAUUGUUUAUAAAUACAGA